GCUAUAGAGCCUCGCCUCCGCGCUGGGGUGGUGGGCACUAAGGGCCCAGCCGAGCAUCGGGAGGUACCGCCUCGCCUCGUCCCAGGAUGGGCUGUGAAUGAAACUAUGUAGCCUUUUAUGAAGCUCUCUCUGACCCAUCUGAAGUCCAUAUGGCUCUGUAUGAUGAAGAUCUCCUAAAGAAUCCUUUCUACCUGGCUCUUCAGAAGUGGCGCCCGGACCUGUACAGCAAGGUGGCCCAAAUCCACGGCAUUGUCCUCGUACCCUGCCGAGGAAGCCUUUCCAGCAGUGUCCAGUCUUCCUGUCAGUUUGAGUCCUACAUUUUGGUCCCAGUGGAAGAGCAUUUCCAGACCUUAAAUGGAAAGGUAUUCAUGUUUUGCUGGGUCACCUGGGGAGGCAGCCGAGGUUUCAGCCAGCCUGACCUCUCCAUCUCUUUUUCAGAAGAGCCUUCAGCACCCUCAGAUCCCUUUUCCCUGAAAACCAUUGAAGAUGUGAGAGAAUUUUUGGGAAGGCACUCCGAGAGAUUCAACAGGAACAUCGCCUCUUUCCACCGAACAUUCCGAGAAUGUGAAAGAAAGAGCCUCCGUCACCACAUAGACUCCGUGAAUGCUCUCUACACCAAAUGCCUCCAGCAGCUUCUGAGGGACUCUCACCUGAGAAUUCUUGCCAAGCAGGAGGCCCAGAUGAGCCUGAUGAAGCAGGCAGUGGAGAUGUACGUCCACCAUGAAAUUUACGAUCUCAUCUUUAAAUACGUGGGUACCAUGGAGGCGAGUGAGGAUGCCGCCUUUAACAAAAUCACAAGAAGCCUGCAAGAUCUUCAGCAGAAAGAUAUCGGGGUGAAGCCUGAGUUCAGCUUCAACAUCCCCCGUGCAAAGAGAGAACUGGCUCAGCUGAACAAGUGCACCUCCCCACAGCAGAAGCUGGUCUGUUUGCGAAAGGUGGUGCAGCUGAUCACACAGUCUCCGAGCCAUCGAGUUAACUUGGAGACCAUGUGUGCUGAUGACCUGCUGUCCGUCCUGCUGUAUCUGCUUGUGAAGACAGAGGUCCCUAACUGGAUGGCCAAUUUGAGUUAUAUCAAAAACUUUAGAUUCAGCAGCUCAGCAAAAGAUGAAUUGGGAUACUGCCUAACCUCCAUUGAAGCCGCGAUUGAAUACAUUCGGCAAGGAAACCUCUGCGUGAAACUGCCCGAAUCGGAGGGAUGUGGUGACAGGCUGUUUCUUAAGCAGAGAAUGAGCUUACUGUCCCAGAUGACUUCAACUCCUAUUGAUUGCCUGUUUGAGCACAUCGCCUCAGGUAACCAGAAAGAAGUGGACAGACUCCUGAGCCAAGAAGAGCAUGACAAAGACACUGUCCAGAAGAUGUGUCACCCUCUGUGCUUUUGCGAUGACUGUGAGAAGCUCAUCUCUGGGAGGCUGAAUGAUCCCUCAGUUGUCACUCCGUUCUCCAGAGAUGACAGAGGCCAUACACCUCUCCACGUGGCUGCUCUCUGUGGGCAGGCAUCUCUCAUUGACCUCCUGGUUUCCAAGGGCGCGGUGGUGAACGCCACGGACUAUCAUGGGUCCACUCCACUUCAUCUGGCCUGUCAGAAGGGCUAUCAGAGUGUGACGCUGCUGCUGCUCCACUACAAGGCCAGUGCUGACGUGCAGGACAACAAUGGCAACACCCCACUCCACCUGGCCUGCACCUACGGCCACGAAGAUUGUGUGAAGGCUCUGGUCUACUACGACACGCAGUCAUGCAGACUGGACAUCGGCAACGAGAAAGGCGACACCCCCCUGCACAUUGCUGCGCGCUGGGGCUACCAGGGCAUCAUAGAGACGCUGCUGCAGAAUGGAGCCUCCACGGAGACCCAGAACAGGCUGAAGGAGACGCCCCGCACGUGCGCGCUAAACUCCAAGAUCCUCUCUGUCAUGGAAGUCCGUCAUCCGUCCCUGGAGAGGAGGCCGAAGUCUUCAGAGGUCCCGGUGACGUCCCCUCAGCGCUCCAUGGAUUCCAUCAGCCAGUGCUCCUCCACCUCCAGCUUUUCUUCCGUGUCGGCAAGCUCCAGGCCGGAGGACAGCAGGAAAGAUUAUAGAGAGGUAGAAAAACUUCUACGAGCGGUUGCUGAUGGAGAUCUAGAAAUGGUGCGUUACCUUCUGGAGUGGACAGAGGAGGACCUGGAUGACGCUGAGGCUCCUGCCAGUGCAGCUGACCUGGAAUUCUGUCACCCCCUGUGCCAGUGCCCCAAGUGUGCUCCAGCUCAAAAGAAGCUGGCAAAGAUUCCUGCCAACGGGCUUGGUGUGAACGUGACCAACCAGAAUGGCUCCUCCCCGCUGCACGUGGCCGCCCUGCACGGCCGGGCGGACCUCAUCCCGCUGCUGCUGGAGCACGGCGCCGACACAGACGCCAGGAAUGCCAGCCACGCCGUCCCGCUGCACCUGGCCUGCCAGCAGGGCCACUUUCAGGUGGUGAAGUAUCUACUAGAUUCUAACGCAAAACCCAAUAAGAAGGACGUGAGUGGGAACACCCCCCUCGUUUAUGCCUGUUCUGGCGGCCACCACGAAGUCGCAGCUCUGUUGCUCCAGCACGGGGCCUCCAUCAACGCUUUCAACAACAAGGGCAACACGGCGCUGCACGAGGCUGUGCUGGGGAGGCACGUCUUCGCGGUGGAGCUGCUCCUGCUUCACGGAGCCUCCGUUCACCUGCUGAACAAGAGGCAGCGCACAGCCAUUGACUGCGCCGAGCAGAAUUCGAAAAUAAUGGAAUUACUUCAGGUUGUACCAAGCUGUGUUGCCACGUUAGAUGAUGUUGCUGACGCAGACCACAAGGAUUACGUUACUGUCAAGAUCAGGAAAAAAUGGAACUCAAAAAUUUAUGAUCUACCAGAUGAACCUUUUACAAGACAAUUUUACUUUGUCGGCUCUGCCGGUCAGUUUAAGGGAAAGACUUCGAGGGAGAUUAUGGCAAGAGAUAGAAGUGUCCCUAAUCUGACGGAAGGUUCUCUGCAUGAGCCAGGGAGGCAGAGUGUCACCCUGGAACAGAAUAACCCGGCCGACCAGAGCAGAGCUCACACUGCUGACAGAGGAAACAGAGACUGGCCCCAGAGGCCUGGCAUGAAACAGACUGCUCCAGGGAACAGGCGGAUGGUCCGUAGACACACGGUGGACGACGCGGUGGGACCCAAGGGCCGGGAGGCUGCUGGCAACAGAACCGCUUCCCAAGAGGCCAGUACUUCCCAGUCUUCACAGAAAUAAGGCAUUGUUAAAUUUUCUGCCAGGAAGUCCGUAUGCAAGAAGAGUGUGCUUUCAAAUAACUGGCUGGAGAAGAGAAGAGUCUUCAGCAGAACAUUCCUGAGAGCGUUUCUGUGGCUGAGGCAAAGAAUGUGACAAAAAACUCGCCAUUUCUCUCCUCUUCAAAGCGCAUGAAUACACUUGAAAAGGAAUGGCCGUGAUCCCCGCAGUGUCUGGACCCUGAAGCCCACGGGACUGUUUCUAACGAAGUGUUAGGGUUCCUGGUUGUAGGGCGAGGUUUGACCAGCACAUCUGGCCUCCUCCUACUGAAAGGUGCUAAACUCAGUCAGGUUGUAAGUUAGCCGACCAUAAGGUGAAAGCCUUCCUCCAUCUGGGACAAGCGAGAAGCUAGUUAGGUCCAGGGUACCGAGGAGGUCAGUGGGAGUGGCGGUUCUGAGUGAAGAAAGCCGCCAGGCAAUGCUUCUUUGCAAAGUAACACUUGAACCAAAAGUUGCCUAAAUGCCAUUUUGAUGUUCAUUUUAGUAAAAGGACAUAUUAGACCUGUUCUAUGCCACGCACAUGGGAAAAGUAAGCUAUGAUUUUCCUUCUGACACGUUAGGUACAGAUAUUUGGUUACUGCCUACGAACCUGUGGCAGCAUUUGUAGAAACAUGUGUUCCGUUAAGCGCCUCCCUUCCACACCACCCCGACAGACGGUUACUCGACCAGCACAGACUUGGCACCUCUCCUCUUAGUAUUUCAAUUCAGAUUCAAAACUUACAGCACAAACCAGGUCAGUUACUUUUGAGUUGGAAUUUAUUGCCAUUUUUUCCUUUUUAUAAAUUUCUAUAGAGUAUACUAUUUUUUUUUUUUUUUUUUUUGUUACUGGUCUAGAGCCGCAAACAUGGAUUUGUCCUGCAUAUGCUUUCAGAUAACUUUGUGAUAGGGAAAUGGUUUUGUGCAUGUUCUUGGAAAUACCGUAUAUGUACAGAAGGGAGGGAGUGAUUAUUUUUCUACAAAGUAAUUUAUGAUUUCUAAUCUUCUAAUGUGCCUUGGACUUGUGCCAAAUGAUGGAAAAGAAACAGUCAACUUUGAUUCUUG